CGUCGACUCGCUUUAUUUCUGCGUUGCGUUCAAACUAGAGCUGUGCUGCUUGCUUCACGCGCUGCUACUGCAUUCUUGGGAAAAAAUUUCACUGUUGGCAGCGACUGAGAAAUAAAAUUGAAACGUCGACGUUCCGUUCCUUCCUCGGAGAAGAAACCCCCUUCGGAAUAAAAACAAACACUAAGCGUGCGUUCGCGCCAAAUAUUUAUUAACAAUUAGCAAGCGUAAGAAGCAAAGUGAGUGUGCCCCCGCCCUGCCCCCCUUCCAACGAGUUCGAGUGGUCAGCUUCCAUAACUCAAGUCUUGUUACCCACCCGUCCCCAGUGCAUACACUAACGGCUGCCAUCGAGAUGGACAAGCUGGAUGCCAAUUUGGAACAGCAGUUUGAUCUGAAUCUCAUCGAGGCUGUCAAACUGAAUCCCGUCAUUUACGACAGAUCGCACUACAACUACAAACACUUUGUCCGCAAAGCCCAGACAUGGAAACAAAUCGCCGAAACGCUCGGAGUGCCUGAACAAAAAUGUACAAAGCGAUGGAAGAGUCUGCGCGACAAGUUUGCACGCGAGAUGAAGCUGUGCCAGGAAUCGCGCUGGCGCUACUUCAAACAAAUGCAAUUCCUUGUGGACUCCAUCAGGCAGUACCGGGAGUCGUUGCUCGGAAAGUGUGCCAACGGCAGCCAGGGCAACCAGGUGUCUGAUCCGCAACAGCAGCAGCAACAGCAGGCCGUGGUGGACAUCUUUACACAGCCAUUCAAUGGCAGCGCCACGACCUCGGCAGGGGCAUUGACCCAUCCGCACGAAAUCACUGUUACCAGUGAUGCACAGCUGACGACUACGGUGGGCAAGGAGCAGAAGCCAUAUUUCUACGAGCCUCCGCUUAAGCGGGAGCGCGGCGAGGAGGAGCACAGCGACAACAUGCUGAACUCCAUCAAGAUUUUCCAGAACACUGUCUCCCAGGCGGUCAGCGCUGAGGAUCAGUCGUUUGGCAUGGUCGUCACAGACAUGCUCAACACGCUGGGCGUGCGACAGAAAGCCGAGGCCAAGGUGCACAUCAUCAAGUAUCUGACGGACAUGCAGCUACUGGCCCAGCACAACAAGUACUAACUAUCGGGCGGCGGUCACCGACAACUGCUUCAGCUGCUGCAAUUGGAGAGUGUCUUGUCCUGAGAUCAAAAUAACUGGCAGCCACCCCCCACACACACACACAUACA